GCAAGCUAAUGAAGAAUAUCAAGUGCUGGCUAAUUCAUGGCGCUAUUCUUCUGCUUUUUCAAACAAACUGUUUUUCACAAUAGUGGAUUAUGAUGAAGGGGCAGAUGUUUUUCAACAGCUGAAUAUGAACUCUGCUCCGACUUUCAUGCAUUUUCCUCCAAAAGGUAAACCCAAGAGAGCUGACACAUUUGACCUACAGAGAAUCGGAUUUGCAGCUGAGCAGCUAGCUAAAUGGAUAGCUGACAGAACAGAUGUUCAUAUUAGAGUGUUCAGGCCUCCUAACUAUUCUGGUACAAUUGCACUGGCUCUUCUGGUAUCUCUUGUUGGUGGCUUGUUAUACCUGCGAAGAAAUAAUUUAGAGUUCAUCUACAACAAAACUGGCUGGGCCAUGGCAGCUCUGUGUGUUGUAUUUGCUAUGACAUCUGGUCAGAUGUGGAAUCACAUCCGUGGACCCCCAUAUGCACAUAAAAAUCCUCAGAAUGGACAAGUG